CUCUCUCUCUCUCUCUCUCUCAAUUCAAUUCAAUUCAAUUGGCUUUAUUGGCAUUAAGAAACAAAUCUUCAUAUUGCCAAAGCAACGGUGGAACCACAGAACAAUAUCAACCAAACAUGGCAAAUUCAGUUGAAAGAUUAGUGUAAAGGAAACUUUAACAUAACCAUAAGAUAGGUUAUUAUAUAUAUAUACACAUACACGUCAGUCACACACUCAGUAUAUGUUGUGUGUUUGCUUUGUUUGUGUGCAUUGUGUGUCUAGGUCACUCACUGUCUCUCAGGUUGUGGCAUACUGAUACAUACUGGGCAGCAAGGUAUGCCCUGUCUCUUUCUCCUAGGAGGAUUUUUAUCUUUGAGAGGUCACUAAGACCUUUGAAAUCUGAGCUUACAGAGUGGAAUUUGUUCCAGUAACCAUUUCUUGUAGCACUGAAUGUUUCACAUUUAAGGAGGAAGUGCAUCUCUGUCUCAACCUCACCUGUCGAACAGUGACCACAUAUUCCACGUUUUCUUUUGGUUGCCAUGAUUUUUUGUGACGUCCUGUUUCCAUUGCCAAUUGGUGGUCACUGAGCCUGUAUUUGGUUAGGAUCUGUCUCUGCUUUCUAUCUCUGACAGUAGAGAGAUAUUCUGCCAGUUUAUAAUCUCUUUCUAAGGCUAGAUAACAUUCUAAUCUACUUUGGCUUUUAGUUUCUUCUUUCCAAUGUUCCCGGUAGGUUGCUUUACAUUUUGUUAUAAUUUGGUUGACACUGAUUGGUGUUUGGAAAGCAGUGUUGGUGUGAGACUGGUCAGGGUGUGUCUGAGUGGGGGCAGUUAGUCUCAGCACCAACUGACACAGGGCACUCUUAUCUGGGUUGAGCUCUUGGGUUUGGAGGGCUUUGGAAUGGAGGGUGUCUAGAGGGCUGGAUUUAAGGUGAUUGAAGAAAUGUAGUGCUCUCUUUUGGAUAUUAAUUAUCAACGGGUAUCUGCCUAAUUCUGCUCUACAUGCAUUUGUUGGCGUCUUUCUGUGAACAUGUAAGAUGUAUCUGCAGAAUUCUGCAUGUAGAGAUUCUGUUAAUACAAGAAUCUCUAUAAAGAGUCUCUAUAAUACAACAAAUAUUCAUAUAUUCCAUCAAGCCCAAAAUAUCCCUUUUAAAAUCGUUAUGGUAUUCCCUGUCUUGUAGUUAGUACGCUGUUACUAUGGUGGUCUAUUACGCUGUUGUUUGUUUGUAACCAUAACAACAACUCAACAAUGGCUAGAACUGCAGUACGACAGAAGGUUGGUGAAGCUGCUCAAAUAUUUCUGACUUGACACACCACCAUGUCUGUGGACGCACAGAGAGCCGUGGUGAGGGACUCGGACCAGAGCGGGGCGGUCGGUCGAGCGUCCUCGGCCAGCGAUGAGGGGAGGGGACCCAGUCAGGCCGGAGGGCAGCCCAGGGCUGUGGGCCCGAGACACGGGCGUCUGAUGCACCAGACCACCCUGAGCCUGGGAGACCAGACGUCUGGCACCUGCUACACCACCACACACUCUCAGAGCUACUCGGGCAGGUCAGCCAACGGACAGGUGCUCCUCUUCUUCCCCAGAGAUCCUUCGUGCGCCUCCCAGCACUCAGCCCAGCUGGACCUGAGCAACGCGCCGUCGACCAGCCGGCCACAGACGCACAGCAGAUCGGUGCACAGUCCCAAAGACGUCGUACCGUCUGACGUCCUGCACGGUCUGGGUCGGAGGAACAGGUCGCGGAACCGGGAGGGUGUGGCUAUGAUGGCCGUCACCAACCCCCGCGAGCCCACCUGUUACUGGACCACCUAUCGGAGUGAGCACGCGUGUGUGGAGCCGCCCCGCCCAUCCCAGAGGUGUUUGGGGAAGCCCACCCUGUGGCAUCAGCACGACAUCGUCACAGGUAAACACUCACGCUACGCAUACACCAACACAUCUACUCACUCAACGAGAGCUCUCUCACACACAUACACACUCGGGAAGGAACAGCUGGUGUGUGUGCUGCAGGGGAAGCGAGAGGCCAGGGUGUUCCUGUGAAGACGAGGAGGUCCGGGGACAGAGCCCUGUGGGCUGCGCGGCGCUGGGAAACCGA